AUGACGAGGCUUCGUGGAGCCAUUGAUGAGAGCGGAGAGUUUAAGUUUCGGGUAGGCAACCGCACGUUCAAGGGGACUGCUGUGAUUCACCAGCAGGAGCUUCAUCUCUUCUGCGACGACAAUAGCCAGCGCUACGACUACAAGUUCCACGUCCCGUUGCCCUCUUUCGAGCCGGCAAAGGGCAGCGCCAGUGCCACUGCACACAGCAAGAUCGUUGCACCGAUGCCGGGCAAGAUUAUUAAGGUACUGGUGAAGAAUGGCGACUCGAUCAAGACCGAUCAGCCGCUGCUGAUCAUGGAAGCCAUGAAGAUGGAGCACGUGAUCCGUGCCCCCAAAGAUGGCAAAGUGCAAGAGUUGUUCUGCGAAAAAGAUGAUUUUGUGACGGAUGGUCAUGUGCUAGUUGAGCUGGACUAA